AUGCUCGCCCGCUACCCGCACGACGAGUUCUUGGACCCUAGCCAAGCGCUGGGGCUUCUGUUGCUCCUUGUCGAGCUCUUGGUCGAUAACACCGUCGAGUACCCUCUACUCAAAUACCUCAGCCGGUUUCUUCUGCCCGAUCUAUACGACAGCGUCGUCGAGGAACGCCAGAUCGAACACAACUGCGGCUACAUAACAUGCUCCAAUAAGCCCAAGGCGCGGCGGCCCAGCGUCCAUCUGCUGCUGCCGCCCAACGGGUUCCAGAUCUACGCCCGCAAGCCCCUGAUUAUCUUGCCCAAUACUUACUCGCUGCAGUACUGCUGCAAGGAACACUACCAGGCGCUGACUUUCUACCGUAACCAGUUGCUGGAGGAGGCAGUGUUCAGCCGAGCCAAUAUUAUGGUCGCACCGCCGUUCCCGGAAGACUACCCCGCCUACUGGUACGAAAAUGGCAUUACGUGUUUAGAGGAAGUAUUGGAACGCCACCGGCAAGAUACCAACAAGCUGCUUUCGGAGAUCAUCGCCCAAUUGGCCGGUCUUAAGGUGGACGACUCCAAUGGCCACCAACAGCCUCUGCCAGCACAUGACCCCACCAAUAAGCUCAUCGAGCUCAUCAACAACUUCGAGAUUGUUGAACACGAAAACCCUCAGCCUGAUCUAGGCAACAAAGAGGAGGAAGACGAGGAGGACACCAACACCAACGCCGACGGCUACCGCACCCUGGCGCGUGCCUGGGGCGGCUAUGUGGUGUAA